AUGCAGCUGUUGGAUGGGGCUUACAACAACCUUCACGACCGCCACCUAUGGUCCUUCUACAGCCAGCAUGACAGGCAGGCGAGGCUGGUUAAGGUCAAAUCUAUAGGUUUACCAAACGUUUAAGUGAUCAUCAAUUAAGAGCAUGUAGAGGUAUUUUUAGAUGAAACACUGAUUAAGUUUGGUGAAAAAGUGACUAUGAUUUUGUGUGUUGUACUUAGUCAAUUGAAAAUGUGCUUAGAGUUUUGAAACAACUGCCUUUUUGAUGAUCUGUUUUGAGUUUUGUACUAAGAGUAAAAAAAAAACUGUAUCUUACCCAUUGUCACGACUUCCGCCGAGGCUGCCUCCCCUCCUUGUUCGGGCAGGCUUCGGCGUUCGUCGUCACCGGAGUAUUAACCACUGCCGCCCCAAUCAUCAUCACAAUUGUCUUGUCUUGUUAAUCACACACACCUGGUUAUAAUCCCCUAAUUAGUCAAUGUAUAAGUGUUCCCUCUGCCCCCUUGUCCUUGUGGGUGAUUGUUUGUUGUGGAGGUUAGUAGCUCAGUGGAGCUCUUGUAUUUGGUAUCGACAGGAGUAUUUUUCCCGUGUGCCUUGUAUUUUCCAGUGCACUUGUUUUGUGCCCUGGAGUGUGUUUGACGCAUUUCUGCGCAAACCUGUAUUUUUCGGAUUAAAGCCUGUUUCUGUGAUUUACCCUCCUGUGCCUGACCACCUUAUCACACCCAUAGACGUGCUGUAUAAUGCGAUACAAAAACGGAAUGUCUGACGUUUUGUGGCCUCCUCUGUAACUAGGUGCUCUGUUCCCAGAGUGUCAAUUUGAGGUGACUGGGAGCCUUAGGUUACAACUAGCCCAUAUAAUGUAUUACUUUCUGCCACUGAGGGGAGCAGGUGCAGACAAACAGAAGCAGGAAAAGAGUUACAGACAGUGAUGUGUAAGUAAAGUCAUUGUCUUUGGUGCCUUGGUCCUUGACACACGCAUUUGUGCACAGGUACUACAGUGGGGGAAAAAAGUAUUUAGUCAGCCACCAAUUGUGCAAGUUCUCCCACUUAAAAAGAUGAGAGAGGCCUGUAAUUUUCAUCAUAGGUACACGUCAACUAUGACAGAAAAUGGAGUAAAAAAAUUCCAGAAAAUCACAUUGUAGGAUUUUUAAUGAAUUUAUUUGCAAAUUAUGGUGGAAAAUAAGUAUUUGGUCACCUACAAACAAGCAAGAUUUCUGGCUGUCACAAACCUGUAACUUCUUCUUUAAGAGGCUCCUCUGUCCUCCACUCGUUACCUGUAUUAAUGGCACCUGUUUGAACUUGAUAUCAGUAUAAAAGACACCUGUCCACAACCUCAAACAGUCACACUCCAAACUCCACUAUGGCCAAGACCAAAGAGUUGUCAAAGGACACCAGAAACAAAAUUGUAGACCUGCACCAGGCUGGGAAGACUGAAUCUGCAAUAGGUAAGCAGCUUGGUUUGAAGAAAUCAACUGUGGGAGCAAUUAUUAGGAAAUGGAAGACAUACAAGACCACUGAUAAUCUCCCUCGAUCUGGGGCUCCACGCAAGAUCUCACCCCGUGGGGUCAAAAUGAUCACAAGAACGGUGAGCAAAAAUCCCAGAACCACACGGGGGGACCUAGUGAAUGACCUGCAGAGAGCUGGGACCAAAGUAACAAAGCCUACCAUCAGUAACACACUACGCCGCCAGAGACUCAAAUCCUGCAGUGCCAGACGUGUCCCCCUGCUUAAGCCAGUACAUGUCAAGGCCCGUCUGAAGUUUGCUAGAGUGCAUUUGGAUGAUCCAGAAGAGGAUUGGGAGAAUGUCAUAUGGUCAGAUGAAACCAAAAUAGAACUUUUUGGUAAAAACUCAACUCGUCGUGUUUGGAGGACAAAGAAUGCUGAGUUGCAUCCAAAGAACACCAUACCUACUGUGAAGCAUGGGGGUGGAAACAUCAUGCUUUGGGGCUGUUUUUCUGCAAAGGGACCAGGACGACUGAUCCGUGUAAAGGAAAGAAUGAAUGGGGCCAUGUAUCGUGAGAUUUUGAGUGAAAACCUCCUUCCAUCAGCAAGGGCAUUGAAGAUGAAACGUGGCUGGGUCUUUCAGCAUGACAAUGAUCCCAAACACACCGCCCGGGCAACGAAGGAGUGACUUCGUAAGAAGCAUUUCAAGGUCCUGGAGUGGCCUAGCCAGUCUCCAGAUCUCAACCCCAUAGAAAAUCUUUGGAGGGAGUUGAAAGUCCGUGUUGCCCAGCGACAGCCCCAAAACAUCACUGCUCUAGAGGAGAUCUGCAUGGAGGAAUGGGCCAAAAUACCAGCAACAGUGUGUGAAAACCUUGUGAAGACUUCCAGAAAACGCUUGACCUGUGUCAUUGCCAACAAAGGGUAUAUAACAAAGUAUUGAGAAACUUUUGUUAUUGACCAAAUACUUAUUUUCCACCAUAAUUUGCAAAUAAAUUCAUUAAAAAUCCUACAAUCAUUUUGUCUGUCAUAGUUGACGUGUACCUAAUGAUGAAAAUUACAGGCCUCUCUCAUCUUUUUAAGUGGGAGAACUUGCACAAUUGGUGGCUGAUUAAAUACUUUUUUCCCCCACUGUAUAUAGCACAAACCUACACAUGGCUCCUCAUCUUCUCCAGACUCUCAGGUAAGGGUAACAUAUUUCUCUGAAGUGAUUGUGCUCCAUGAAGUUAGGGACAUGCUGACAUUGAAGACAGGAGCAGCAGGUGGAUUCUCUUGGUUUCAUACAAGGGAGUUGUAUCUAGGGAGUUGUACACUGUGGCCCUGUUCGACAAUACCCCCGGACAGGGCCAACCAGGCAGGAUAUAACCCCACCCACUAUACCAAACCCCCACACCACUCAAGGGAUAUCAACAGAUCACCAACUUAGUAUAGAUCAUGAAGAUCUCCUCCACCGAAACAAGCCAGGGUCAAGGUAAGACCGGACAGGAAGAUCACGUCAAUGACUCAACCCACUCAAGUCGAGUAUAGCGAAAAAAGCCUGGCACGACGUGACGCACCUCUCCUAGGGACGGCAUGGAAAAGCACUAGUAAGCCGGUGACUCAGCCACCGUAAUAGGGUCAGAGGCAGAGAAUCCCAGUGGAGAGAGGGGAGCUGGCCAGGCAGAGACAGCAAGGGCGGUUCAUCACUCCAGUGCCUUGCCAUUCACCUUUGCACCCCUGGGCCAGACUACAUUCAAUCAUAGGAACUACUGAAGCGAUGAGUCUUCAGUUAAGACUUAAAGGUUGAGAUUAACAUGGAUAGGCAGACAUGGAUAGGCAGACCAUUCCAUGAAAAAUAGAACUCUGUAGGAGAAAGCCCUGCCUCCAGCUGUUUGCUUAGAAAUUCUAGGGACAAUAAGGAGGCCUGCGUCUUGUGACCAUAGCGUACGUGUAGGUAUGUACGGCAGGACCAAAUCGGAGAGAUAUGUAGGAGCAAAUCCAUUUAGUGCUUUGUAGGUUAGCAGUAAAUACUUUAAGUCAGCCCUAGCCUUAACAGGAAGCCAGUGUAGAGAGGCUAGCACAGGAGUAAUAUGAUCAAAUGUUUUGGUUCUAGUCAAGAUUCUAGCAGCUAACUGCAGUUUAUUUUGUGCUUUAUCCGGGUAGCCGGAGGGUAGAGCAUUGCAGUUGUCUAAUCUAGAGUGACAAAAGCAUGGAUUAUCUUUUCUGCAUAAUUUAUGGACAAAAUAAUUCAGAUUUUUGCAAUGUUACGAAGAUGAAAAAAAGCUGUCCUUGAAAUAUUAUUGAUAUGUUCGUCAAAAGAGAGAUCAGAGUCCAGAGUAACGCCGAGGUCCUUCUCAGUUUUAUUUGAGACGACGAUACAACCAUCAAGGUUAAUUGUCAGAUCAUACAGCAGAUCUCUUUGCUUCUUGGGACCUAGAACUAGGAUCUGUCUUUUGUCCGAGUUUAAAAGUAAAACAUUUGCCACCAUCCACUUCCUUAUGUCUGAAACACAGGCUUCCAGGGCAGGCAAUUUGAGGCUACACCACGUUUCAUCGAAAUGUACAGCUGCGUGUCUUCCGAAUAGAAGUGAAUGUUGACAUUGUGUUUCCGAACGACAUCACCAAGAGGUAGAAUAUAUAGUGAAACAAUAAACGGAACAUUGAGGAAAACUGAAAUUGAUUUGUCAGAGGACCAACCAUCUACAGAGGCGAACUGAUAUCUUUCUGACAGAUAAGAUCUAAACCAGGCAAGAACUUGUCCGUGUAGAUUAUGGUUUCCAAUCUCUCCAAAAGAAUGUGGUGAUCGAUGGUGUCAAAAGCAGCACUAAGGUCUAGGAGCACGAGGACAGAUGCAGAGCAUUGGUCUGAUGCCAUUAAAAGGUCAUUUACCACCUUCACAAGUGCAGUACCAUGAUGGGGUCUAAAACCAGACUGGAGCAUUUCGUAUACAUUAUUUGUCUUCGGGAAGGCAGUGAGUUGCUCUGCAACAGCUUUUUCUAACAUUGUUGAGAGGAAUGGGAGAUUCGAUAUAGGCCGAUUAGUUUUUAAAAAUGUCUGGGUCAUGGUUUGGCUUUUUCAGGAGAGGCUUUAUUACUGCCACUUUUAGUGAGUUUGGUACACAUCCAGAGGAUAGGGAGCCUUUUAUGUUCAACAUAGGAGGGCCAAGCACAGGAAGUAGCUCUUUCAGUAGUUUAGUUGGAGGGUCCAGUAGGCAUCUGGAAGGUUUAGAGGCCAUGACUAUUUUUGUGAAUGUGUCGAGAGAUAAGGGAAAAACUUGAGUGUCUCCAUUGAUCCUUGAGUGUCUCCAUUGUUCAUGAAUUCAUCACUGCUGAAGUGAAGGCCAUCAUCUCUUGGGGAAUGCUGCUUUUUAGUUAGCUUUGCGAUAGUAUCAACAUUUUGCAUUGUUUUUAUUCUCCUCAAUUAGGUUGGGAAAGUAGGCUGAUCGAGCAGCAGUGAGGGCUCUUCGAUAUUGCAUGGUAUUGUCAUUCCAAGCUAGUCGGAAGACUUCCAGUUUGGUGGAACGCCAUUUCCGUUCCAAUUUUCUGGAAGCUUGCUUCAGGGCUCGGGUAUUUUUUGUAUACCAGGGAGCUAAUUUCUUGUGACAAAUGUUAUUUCUUUUUAGAGAUGCAACUGCAUCUAGGGUAUUACGCAAGGUUAAAUGUAGAUCCUCGGUUAGGUGGUUAGCUGAUUUUUGUACUCCAACGUCCUUGGGUAGGUGGAGGGAGUCUGGAAGGGCAUCUAGGAAUCUUUGGGUUGUCCGAGAAUUUAUUACGCGGCUUUUGAUAAUCCUUGGUUGGGGUCUGAGCAGAUUAUUUGUUGCGAUUGCAAACAUAAUAAAAUGGUGGUCCGAUAGUCCAGGAUUAUGAGGAAAAACAUUUAGAUCCACAAUAUUUAUUCCACAAGACAAAACUAGAUCGAGGGUAUGACUGUGGCAAUGCGUAGGUCCGGAGACAUGUUGGACAAAACCCACUGAGUCGAUGAUGGCUCCGAAAGCCUUUUGGAGUGGGUCUGUGGUCUUUUCCAUGUGAAUAUUAAAGUCACCAUGAAUUAGAAUAUUAUCUGCCAUGACUACAUGGUCCGAUAGGAAUUCAGGGAACUCAGUGAGGAACGCUGUAUAUGGCCCAGGACGCCUGUAAACAGUAGCUAUAGAAAGUUAUUGAGUAGGCUGCAUAGAUUUCAUGACUAGAAGCUCAAAAGACGAAAACCCAGUCUCUUUUUUGUAAAUUGAAAUCUGCUGUCAUAAAUGUUAGCAACACCUCCGCCUUUGCGGGAUGCACGGGGGAUAUUUUGAGAUGUGAUGUAUUAUCACAAUCUCUUUAUUUAUUAUAUUAUUUUUACCCCCUUUUUCUCCCCAAUUUCGAUCAAAUUACGAUCUUGUCUCAUCGCUGCAACUCCCCAAUGGGCUCGGGAGAGAUGAAGGUCGAGUCAUGCGUUUUCCAAAACAUGACCCACCAAACCGCGCUUCUUAACACCCGCCUGCUUAACCCGGAAGCCAGCUGCACCAAUGUGUUGGAGGAAACACCGAUCACUGAAGUCCCCCUGCAGGCGCCUGACCCGCCACAAGGAGUCGCUAGAGCGCGAUGAGCCAAGUAAAGCCCCCCCUGCCAAACCCGCCCCUAACCCGGACGACGCUGGGCCAAUUGUGCGCCGCCCUAUGGGACUCCCGGUCACGGCCGGUUGUGACACAGCCUUGGGAUCGAACCCGAUUGCGCCACUCGGGAGGCGCUAUCACAAUCUCUUUCAAUAAUGAUAGGAAUGGAGGAGGUCUUUAUUCCAGUGAGAUUGCUAAGGCGAACAUCGCCAUGUUUAGUUUUGCCCGACCUAUAACGAGGCACAGUCAUCGUCUCAAUGGGGAAAGCUGAGCUGACUACACUGACUCUGCUAGUGCCAGACUCCACUAAGCUCCACUUUUCUGUGCACAAAUAUGAAAAGAUAGAUGGUAUCAUCAUACAACAAUAUAAAUUUAAAUCAUACAAGGGACAAACCUUACCUUAAAUUUAGGAGAUCUUUUCAGUUAAGUGCCUUCACCUGCUGUCCUUUCAAAUUCAAAUCCAAAUGAUUCAGUUGGGCAGUUAGGUUCCUGCAAGAACCCCCACCAACUAAGGAGGUUCCUCGAUGUACCCCACCUCCAAAGAACUUUGAGGAUCUUAGAAGAACCCUUGUUGAACCCCUAAUUUUUAGAGUGUAUCCACGUCGGCACACGGUGUUAGGAUGAAACAGUCAGAGGUCACCAAGCGCAACAUAAAUUCAACGUGUAACUUAGCUAGAAAGAUGUGUUGGCAUCGGAGUAAUUGUCUCUGCACUCAAGAAAUGUGGGGUUCAACAAGGGUUCUUCUAAGAAGAACUUAUAGGGGUCCCCCACAGUUUCAAUUUGAAGAGCCCCUAAAGUAUACUCCAGGAACCUUUUCUUUUUAGAGUGUAACAAUAUCCCUAUACAAUCUAUACUCACCAGUUUUAGCCUCAGCCCGCACCAUCUUCAGGUUAGCCUUUACACUGUUAGCCCUGCCCCCAGGAUGAUUAUUUUAAAGUCUAAUAUUGCGGGUAAUGGAGUCGCCAAUGACUAGGGUUUUCAAUUUAUCAGAGCUAAUGGUGGGAGGCUUCGGCGGCUCAGACCCCGUAAUGGGUGGAGGAGAGACCUGAGAAGGCUCUGACUCCGACUUGUUGCUUAGUGGGAAAAAUCGGUUGAACGUUUCUAUAGGCUGAAUGAGCUACACCACCGGUUGAGCACACGAAAAUUGUCCGGCUGCAGGGACUGUGCAGGGGGAUUAACACUACUACCUGUGGCACAGACGCGUCCUUUACUACACUUGACAUACCCAAAUCUGACUGCCUGUAGCUCAGGACCUGAAGCAAGGAUAUGCAUAUUCUUGAUAUCAUUUGAAAGAAAACUGUGAAGUUUGUGGAAAUUUGAAAUUAAUGUAGGAGAAUAAUACAUAUUAGAUCUGGUGAAAAGAUAAUACAAACAAAAAAACAUGCGUUUUCUAAUUAUUAUUUUUUUGCAUCAUCUUUGAAAUACAAGAGAAAGGCCAGACAGUGAUGUAGGAUUCUAGGUGUAAUUUAGAUGUUGUCCACCAGACGGCAGCAGUGUGUCUGCAAAGUUUCAGACUGAUCCAGUGAAGAAUUACAUCAUUACACAAUAUGUUGUAUUAAGUCUGCCAAGAGUUUUCCCAAAUGUGCCGAAUUGGUUUUCAAGUACAUAACUAUAGAGAACAUACAAAAAGGUAUUGGUAAUACAAAAUGUACGUUUGCACACAUUAGCUUCCCUACAGAAAAUACACUAACCUUCACACAUCUAGAUGGCCGGGCGGGGUGGGUGUGGAGUCAGAGGUCAAACUGUAGGACCCAGUUCCUACAUUUGAAUAUAAAAAUUGAUUUUUCAAACAAAACUACACUACAUUUUAUCACUGGGACCCUCAGGAUGACAAAUCAGUGCAAGAUGACUGAAUGUAAGUACAUUAUUUACCUUCAGAGGUGAAUGUACCAAACCAGUUGCCGUGAUAAAAGUAUUUUGUUGUUGUGCACUCUCCUCAAACAAUAGCUUGGUAUUUUUUCACUGUAAUAGCUACUGUAAAUUGGACACUGCAGUUAUAUUAACAAGAAUGUAAGCUUUCUGCCCAUAUAAGACAUGUCUAUGUCCUGGGAAAGUUGGCUGUUGUUUACAACACCGUUCUAGUCGCAUAUCGCAUAUUGAGCAACAACCGUCCCGUAUAAGGGACACCGAUCCCGUAGAGGUUAAAUUGCCCUUGCCUAACAAUUGCAUCUGAAGCCAAGCUUGCAACUAGGCUAUCCUCACAAUAAAUAAUAUAAUAAUAUGCCAUUUAGCAGACGCUUUUAUCCAAAGCGACUUACAGUCAUGUGUGUAAAUUUUUACGUAUGGGUGGUCCCGGGGAUUGAACCCACUACUGUGGCGUUACAAGCGCCAUGCUCUACCAAUUGAGCUACAGAGGACCACCAAUACGGUGAUAGUUAUCCUGUAUAUUAAGAGUACAGCGACUGCAAUGAGAAGGCAUAAUGUUACUUUGCUUAAUUUUUUUCGGCCGGAUGAGGUGCAGAUCUGUGUUCAGAUAAAGCAUCCGGGGUGAAAAAGUUGAAUUAAAAAAGUUGUGUGAGGACAAAACUAAGAUCUUACAAUAGUUUAAAGGAAUCCCACAGUCGUCGUCUUACUCUGUGUGUGUGUUGCCAACCUGGUGCUGCAGCAGACGGUGGAGAGGGUUCACGCAUGGAAGCGGUACGGAGACAUCGCCCGAGGAAUCUUCAUCAUCAGGGGAGAUAACUUGUCCUCCUGUGGGAGAUUGUAAGUAUGCCACACACACAAACAAACACACACACACGCACAAACACACACACACACACACACACACACACACACACACACACACACACACACACACACACACACACACAGACACACACACACACAGUGGUGUACAGUACUUAAAUAAAAAUAGUUUUUUGGGGUAUCUUUACUUUACUAUUUACAUUUUUGACAACUUUUACUUUUACUUCACUACAUUCCUAAAGAAAAUUAUGUACUUUUUACUCCAUACAUUUUAUCUGACACUCUAAAGUACUCGUUACAUUUUGAAUGCUUAGCAGGACAGGAAAAUUGUCAAAUUCAUGCACUUAUCAAGAGAACAUCCCUGGUCAUCCCUACUGCCUCUGAUCUGGCGGACUCACUAAACACAUGCUUUGUUUGUAAAUAUGUCUGAGUGUUGGAGUGUGCCCCUGGCUAUCCGUAAAUAAAAAAACAAGAAAAUGGUGUCGUCUGGUUUGCUUUAUAUAUGGAAUUUGAAAUUAUUUAUACUUGUACUUUUACUUUUGAUACUUAAGUAUAUUUAAAACCAAAUACUUUUAGACUUUUACUCAAGUAGUAUUUUACUGGGUGACUUUCACUUUUACUUGAGUCAUUUUCUGUUAAAGUAUCUUUACUUUUACUCAAGUAUGACAAUUGGGUACUUUUUCCACCACUGCGCACACACACACACACACACACACACACACACACACACACACACACACACACACACACAGGGCUUGCCCUAGCCUUUUGGGAACCCUAAGCAACAUUUUGUUGAGGGGCAAGUUUGCUGCAAUUCUACACAUUUUGCCAAGGGCCGGAGAGAAGAUUUUGAAAAUGUAUAACUAAUUUCAUGCAAUCAUCCUCAUUUUGCCAUAGCGUGGAGAUACAUUUUUGCAGUUUCAAAGCUAAUUUCCUUCUCAUUUCCGUUCAUGACUGUUAAUAUGAUAUCUGAGUGAGAGUGACUAACACAAUCAACGGGGGCCCCCUGUAGGUCUGGGCCCCUUGGCACGUGCCCUUUGUGUCCAGUCGAUAAUUCGACCACGAUUACUACAAGUUAUAGCUGUGUAGCCUAAUUUACCAAUCAAAAGUUUGUUUGCUGACAUGGGCUAAUUGAGUGACUGUCGGUGACUGACAUAACAAGAGAAAAACUGCUGAUGCCCGAUAGGGUUGGGCCAUAUCAACCUUUGUCUUAUCGUGAUUAAGUACCCAUAAAACAUUGUGAUAUACGAUGGUAUCACCCCCUAUUGGCCAACCAAUUAUUAUCAAAAUAUAAUUAAAAAAGAUAGUUAAAAAGGAGCUCGCAUGCUACGGGAGGGACGAGAGGAAUCAUGACAAAAUAGAGACGCACAAGUGACAGUCAAGGAGCCUCACUGUGCGUCGUGUGAUGGGUUGUAAAUCAUCAAGGGCCCAGCUGCAGAGCACAAACUCUGCUGUCUCCAGAACUGGAUCAUUAUUCAAUGAUUUGCAUUUUUGCCCAAUCUUCCUCUCUUAUUAAUCUUGUUCUUAACUCUAAAUUCCAUUCUGUAACCCAUUAAAAAGGGUGCUUGGAACUAAAAAUAGAUUUUUGUUUUGUAUGAUACCCAUCAAAGACGAGACUGGCAAGGCCACCUCCAAGGCGAUGAUUGACAUCUUCAUCCCCCACGGUUCUCCUGAGGUCAUCUUUAGUGACCGAGGUUGUGAACUCUGGAACAAGGUAUGGAUGUUAUAGGUUAUACCAAUGGUUUGUUUGUUUUUGUUUUUCCAUGGUACAUAAUCAGACAUAUUUCAAUAUCUUACAUUGUCAAUAGAUAUCCCUUUCCUACCCCCUCCUCCAGGUUUGGAUGAACGGACCAACCAGACCCUCAAGACUGCCAUGGGCAAGUCCCUUGACGGGUACCAGGAACAGUGGGAGGACAACUUGAAGGUAAUUAUCUUUGCACACAACAGCAGCGUCCAGGCCUCCACGAGUACUCGCCCUAUUGCCUGUUGUACGGAUAGGAGCCGCAGCUGUUGACUGAGGUAAACAAUGCAAUUGUAUAUAUAUUUAUUGCAUAUACUGUAGUCUUUAAAAUGUGUGAUUGACUUAGUGUUGUUGUUUGUCUAUUGCCAUUUUUGUAUAACGUACUUUCAGAUCACUGAAACUCCACCUGAUGUGGUGGAAGUUGUCGAACCAGAUCAGAACGCCUUCGAGGACCACUUUCAGGCACGGGCUGAGAAGGAUGUGGAGGUUUUUGAACAGGUAAAAAUUGUUGUCCGCUGUAAGAAAUGUAUUUGUAAUAAUAUGAAAUAUAAUUGCAUUUAUUUCUGUUAUCACUCAAGGUGAGACUGAACAUCGACAAAGCACAGGAGAAAUAGAAGGAGAGCUACCGGAGGAGAAUCAAGAAGGGGACCAAGUGCUUCGACAUCCGGGCGAAUGACUUGAUUUGGAAGAAGGACGAAAGGAAGGCGAGACCUGGGAAACCUCACUGCUCUUUCGCUCCUAGCUGGGGUCACCAUACGUUAAGGUGAAUAUAAAAAUCUCAGAUAAUAACUAUUUGCAUUUGCACACAAAAUAACCUGAAGAUAGUUUUAGUAUUUUUCUCUUUGUCUUCCUAGGGUUACCUCAGUGGAAGCCAACAAUCUUCUACAGUUAGAGCAGUUGGACGGUCGACCACUGAAAGGCCCUGACGCCCUACACUUCGGUGAAGCCCAUGAGACGAAGUAUGUUAAGCUUUGGUUGACAUUUGAGAAAGCAAGAAAUUGUCAGUAUGCAUAGCUUAUAAAAAUUUACCUCUUCAAUUUACCUCUCCAAAUGACUUUAGGACCAUCAACUGUCUGAGCCACCCAGGAGGUAUCCCAUCCAACAGAGCCAGUGCGUUUGGAUCAGUCUGAUUCUUUGUGCUCUGAGUCGGAGGGCGACCAGCUUGAGGUAGGCUAUACCUUCAAAAUCUGUUGAAAAGUACACAUCUCCCAUUUAUAACACUGCACUAAUCCAUCACAUUUUCUCACAGUAAAAUAUAACCUGUGUGUUUGCUUGUUUACGUCUCUGUCUCCUACCCUGUUCCCUUUAACUCUGCUUCUGUUCUCCAGGACCUAGGGGUUCUGUCCAACACCCAGACGUGGAUCCACCUGAUGUCCUCCUUUACCAACCACCCUCCAACUUUUCAUUACAUCAUCUACAGCUACUGUUAUUGUCAUGUUGUCAUUAUCUGCUAAGAAAGUGUUCUUGCUCUAUCAUACUGGGCACAUAAUGUGAGAUACACAGAUGAACUAAAAACACUAGCACUGCAAACACUCAGAACAAAGAGAGCAGCUGUGCCUGGACUUUGAAGUCUCCCUCUUCAAGUCCUCCUUCCACUUCCUCUUUAUUCCACACACCAGAAUUCAGUAUUUCAGUCUAUGAUUGCCAUGUGAGUGUACAAAAAAAUCGUUUAGAUAUUUAAAUCUUAAAUAUUGCCAGGUUGGUUUUCACAGCUGUUUCACAAGGUGUUCAUUGUUGUAAAUUGUAAGGUAUCCCUUUAUGGUAUUUGUUACUGCAACAUUAUUCAUUCACCUACAAUAGAUACAUACAGUGCAUUCGGAAAGUAUUCAGACCCCUUCCCUUUUUCCAAAUGUUGUUACGUUACAGCCUUAUUCAAAAAUGGAUUACAGAAAAAAAAAGUCCUCAGCAACCUACACACAAUACCCCAUAAUGACAAAGUGAAAACAGGGUUUUAGACAAUUUUGCAAAUGUAUUAAAAAUAAAAAUCAGAAAUACCUUAUUUACAUAAGUAUUCAGACCCUUUGCUUUGAGACUCGAAAUUGAGCUCAGGUGCAUCCUGUUUCCAUUGAUCAUCCUUGAGAUGUUUCUACAACUUGAUUGGAGUCCAUCUGUGGUAAAUUCAAUUGAUUGGACAUGAUUUGGAAAGGCACACACCUGUCUAUAUAAGGUCCCACAGUUGACAGUGCAUGUCAGAGCAAAAACCAAGCCAUGAGGUUGAAGGAAUUGUCUUUAGAGCUCCGAGACAGGAUUGUGUCGAGGCACAGGUCUGCGGAAGGGUACCAAAAAAAUGUCUGCAGCAUUGAAGGUCCCCAAGAACACAGUGGGACUGGGAGACUAGUCAGGAUCGAGGAAAAGAUGAACAGAGCAAAGUACAGAGAGAUACUUGAUGAAAACCUGCUCCAGGGCGCUCAGGAUAUCCUUGAGUGGCCAAGCCAGAGCCUGGACUUGAACCCGAUCAAAAAUCUGAGGAGAGAUCUGAAAAUAGCUGUGCAGCAACAUUCCCCCAUCCAACUACAGAGAAGAAUGGGAGAAACUCCCCAAAUACAGGUGUGCCAAGCUUGUAGCGUCAUACCCAAGACGACUCGAGGCUGUAAUCGCUGCCAAAGGUGCUUCAACAAAGUACUGAGUAAAGGGUCUGAAUACUUAUGUAAAUGUUAUAUUUCCGUUUUUUAUUUUUUUAUAAAUUUGCUAAAAUUUCUACAAACCUGUUUUUGCUUUGUCAUUAUGGGGUAUUGUGAGGGUGAAAAAACAAUUUAAUCCAUUUUAGAAGAAGGCUGUAACGUAACAAAAUGUGGACAAAGUCAAGGGGUCUGAAUACUUUCCGAAUGCACUGUAUAUAUUCAACCACAAGGGUGUACUAAUGAGCUAUGCGAGAUAGAAAAACAAUUCAGUGUAGAUAAGGGAAGGGCAGCUUAAAAUAAAAACAUGGCAGCCAGACAAGCCAGUGUAUGAAUGAAAUGGAUUUGCGUAUGAAUGGAGUGGAAGUGGGGGCGGCAGGUAGCUUAGUGGGUAAGAGCGUUGUGCCAGUAACCGAAAGGUCGCUGGUUCUAAUCCCCGAGCCGACUAGGUGAAAAAUCUGUCGAUGUGCCCUUGAGCAAGGCACUUAACCCUAAUUGCUCCUGUAAGUCGCUCUGGAUAAGAGCGUCUGCUAAAUGACUAAAAUGUAAAUGUAAAUGGAAAGGAGCUCUUUGUGAUCUGUAAGGUAAGUAACAUUAAUGUGUCAAGUAGAUUACACGUUUUCUUUGCUAUUUCCUAAACGUAGCAAUGUUUAAGACAUGGAUUUCAUGUUGAAAUGUUAACAAGGUACAAAAGCAGUUUGAAGUAAUGUUUUCAUCUUAUUAGAUAAACUCAAAUUUAAACAGCGAUUUUGUCGCGGAAAUCAGCUUUGUUUGCACAGCGGGGAUGAAAAGAACGCCAUUUAGGCUGUAAUGAUAUCCACAAUUCAACGCCUUACGUCAUCACACCGUUGAUAUAGCAACGGACGCUAAAGGUUUAUCAAAUCCCAUUGGGACACGGGGGGGACACUUUUUGGCUGGGGGACAUUAUUUGGCAUGACAGGCCCCCUAGUGGCUUAUGCCCAGGGCCGGCCCUGCACACACGAGAGUCCCUCAUUGGUCCGUUUUUUGGAGCCGCACCCGCCCCAUGCCGGCCACAUCAAUUCUGAGCCCCACCCGGUAUCAGACAUCAGGACAGAUUUUUCUCCACAACCCGACCCGACCCACCUGCAUAUAAUUGUUCCCGAGAGCCGGUCCGUGACCCACCAAAUAACAUCAAUUCAUAUAAUUGUUCUUAUAACCCCAGAGUAAUAGGCUAUUAUUCCCCUCCCUGCAUUAAUUAUUUUUUCUGCAUGACUAUUCAUUAUUUGGACAAAAGGAAACCAUGCCAUUCAUUAUUUUUACAAUGAGAUGCGGCGUCACAUUGACAACUCAAAUCGCUAUGAAACCAAGGGCCUUCUAAUUAGCCUUCUUACCUAAUGAAAGCCUAUAGCUGACAUAACAAAACCAGACCUUUACAUGCAAUAUUGUUUAGAUAAUCAAAUAGUUUAAUUGAAACUUAAAUAAACCACUAUUCCCACAAUCAAAUAUAACUUUUAGCAUACCAGCAUACCGGUUUAAACUUGAUAUGGCCUGCAUGGUCUAAAUCAGUGGUGCUCAAACCUCUCCUCGGGGAUCCUCAGCCGUUCCAUGUGUUUGAUAUAUUCCAGAGCAAGCACACCUGAUUCUACUUGCCAACUAAUCAUCAAGCCUUUGACUAACUAGGUCAAUCAGGUGAACUACUUCAGGGCUACAACAAAAUUGUUAAACGGCUACAACAAAAUUGUGAAAGGGGGUCACCGAGGAGAGGUUUGAGAAACACUGGUUUAAAUGAACGAAAGCCUGAAUUAACGUAAUAAUAAGCUGUUAAUAAACAUAUUCCUGCUUGCACUUUUAGUAACACUUUACUUGACACCCAGCGUCAUAACACGUUAUGACAUGGCCAUAACCAUGUCAUAAUAUGUCUAAACAGCUGACAUAACGUAUUUUAUGGCUGGUUAUGACACCUAAAUAAGAGUGUAAAAACCCACAAAACCUACCACAGUAGUUAUUUUAUUUCUGGUUAUGUCACCCACAUAAGAGUUUCAAAACCCACAAAAUCUACCACACAAUGCAAAACAUUCCAUUACACCAUAGCCUAUGUGUCAACAGUAUGUUUGUUAGAUAUACACUACCAGUCAAAGGUUUGGACACACUUACUCAUUCAAGGGUUUUUCUUAUUUUUUUUACAAUUUAUAACAUUGUAGAAUAAUAGUGAAGACUUCAAAACUAUGAAAUAACACAUAUGGAAUCAUGUAGUAACCAAAAAAGUGUUAAACAAAUCAAAAUAUAGAGUGGCGUGCAAAGCGCAGGGAGGGAAUCACAUUUGGCCACCUCUUUUUAUUUUAUUUCAAGAGCGCCUAGUCUUGCUGCUGGCACUCAUUUUGUCAUUACAUGUUUUUCUGCUUAGAAAAACGAGACAACAGUAACUUCUCUCAAUGCCCAGAAAGGUUAGCCUUCUUAAAGCCAAUGUAUGCUUGCUCUGGAAAUGUGAUCCAGAGGCUCAGAGCGGUGUGUGUGAUGCAAUUGCUGGGUCUUGGAAGGCUAGCAGAGACCAAAUCGAGCUCCGUAACGGAUGCCCGCGCGCCUCCAAAAUGUUGUAACAAUGUGGAUAGCUCUGUAUUGCUUUGCAUUGACAUGAUUGGUUGCCGGUAGGUGGUGGCGGGAGGCCCUGUAUAAACACAAACUCACUUCCUUGACAACGUCCUUCACAACAGCUCUGCUCCAGGAAGCUCAAGAAGUAUGAAUGCCCUGACUUCUGCAGAGGCCAUAUCACAGUAAAUGCUGUACAGCUACUGCAGAUGUCAGAUUGACCAUGCAGAGCCUUUUAGCCUAUAGCCUGGGUCUGUUGCAGGUGGCUUGUGACCGUUUAAAGUCACAAGCCACCUGUGACUACCACUUGUUUGGCUACAAUUUAACAUCUGUAAAAUCUAGGGUAAAAUGGGUGCUUUAGCAUUGUAACAAUGUAGCACAGUGUGAACAGACCCUACUGUGACAUUAACAUUCAGAUACAGAUUAAACAGAAAAAACAAAGAUGUGAAGCUGUUUCCAGGGUGACUGAUAAAGAGAUGAGUGUGCAAAGCUGUCAUCAAGGUAAAGGGUGGCUAUUUGAAGAAUCUCAAAUAUAAAAUAUAUUUUGAUUUGUUUAACACUUUUUUUUGUCCAUACUUUUGACUGGUUCUGUAAAUAUAUUUUUUAUUAUCAUUUUUUAAAAUUAUCAUUGUAAUUGUGCACACAUUAACGUCAGACAUGCACCUACCCCAAUACUCUGUUGCUGAUGACUGGGAUGAAUGCAGGAGCAGAUUUCAGGAGCUGGACAAGACACCCUCUUUUUGACUGAUGACUGAUAUAAGGGCCUGUACGUGAUAGGCCUAUCUGGUGUAUAUGAUUAUGAUGGUCAUAAUGCUUCUUGACAGUGUUAUAAAGUGUAUUUUCUUAGCCAAGUAAAGUGAUUCAGGAUGAUCAUAAUGCUUCAUGACAGUGUAUUUUCUACAAGUUAUUUAAAAUAUGAUGAAAAAAGCAUGACUGAAUUCAUUACAACAAAAACAAAGGAUUGAAGAGACAUACUUUCAAACAAAAGGAAACUUCUUGGCAGGGAAAAAACUAAUUUGAAUAAAUGUUGGUUUUGACACUCUUAUGUAGGUGUCAUAACCAGCCAUAAAAUAAUGCAAUAUAGUUCACAACAGGUGUAAAUGUAUGGGUCAUGACAGUGUUAUGACCAUAUUAUGACAGGUUAUGACAAGUUAUGUCACUAGAUGUCAAGUGUUACCGCACUUUUUGCUGGCUGUGUAUCCAUCUACCGGGUUGUAGUCCUUGUCCACAAUGACUCCAAAAUCCUUCCAAACCAAACCAGGGAUUUCACUUGUGCAGCACCUGUUUCCAUGAUGGUGUAUUUCAUAACCUUUUCUUUUAUAUCUCCGGUUAUGCCGACGUAAGCCAUUUUCACAUAAGCUAGGCUAGCCAGGAAAGUACACUUGGCAACAUAUUCUCACGUGGGGGGAUGAAACAAGUUUCAGCACCACACAAAUAAUGGAUAUUUCCCUGAUCUACUGCGUGCAUGUCAGGUAGCCUACAGUGUCAAAUCAAAUCAAAUCAAAAUGUAUUGGCCACAUGCGCCGAAUACAACAGGUGCAGACAUUACAGUGAAAUGCUUACUUACAGCCCUUACCCAACAGUGCAUUUAUUUUUAAUAAAAAAGUAAAAUAAAACAACAAAAAAGUGUUGAGAAAAAAAGAGCAGAAGUAAAAUAAAAUAACAGUAGGGAGGCUAUAUAUACAGGGGGGUACCGGUGCAGAGUCAAUGUGCGGGGGCACCGGCUAGUUGAGGUAGUUGAAGUAAUAUGUACAUGUGGGUAGAGUUAAAGUGACUAUGCAUAAAUCAUUAACAGAGUAGCAGCAGUAUAUGUCUGUCUCAUCGCUCACAGAAUGGAAUUCGCAACCCAAUGCAACACAACAAGCUCCUGGGUUUGUAAAAAACGUUUCCGACCAGCAAUAUAAUUGUUCUGAACCGUGAGCUGACCCGUCAUUCCACCCGUCAGCUGAUUGUUUUAUUUUGAGGGAAUCUGACCCGAUGCAGGACACACACACACACAGAUGUCUGAGGGUGUGUGUGUGUUCCUGUGCUGUGUAGGACCUUGAGAAGGAGAGUGACACCAGUCUGCAGCAGGUGUGUAUUGAGGAUAUCCUGGAGGAGCAGCGGCUGCAGCAGCAGACAAGGCAGAAGGGGGAGAAGACCAAGCACCUGGCCCUGAAGGAGAAAGGCCAUGCCCCGACCAGACAUCAUGGACGAAUACUG